AUGAGCAGAGUCUGGGCUAUGUUCAAAUCCCAUCCAUACAUCUGCAAUAUAGUGGGAUACACAACGCUGUUUGCCACAGCAGACCUCAUUCAGCAAAGCAUUAUGGGAACAGCACUGGACAAAGGGACUGUGCACAAGCUAGGUGAGGUGGGAGGGGAUACGUCUAAGACCUCUAAUGAAGGAUUUACUGAGGCAGGAGAAGCAGAGACAGAUAUUCUGACACUGUAUAAUAUAGACAUAAGUGACUCAGAAGGCAAUAAAAAGGAUUUUGAAGAAAAGGAAACAUUGGCUCCAGUACAACGUGUUUCACGGCUUCACGGCAUUGACUGGGCCCAGACUGCUCGGGUGGCACUGGUUGGGUUCUGUUUCCAUGCCAACUUCAAUUACCAUUGGCCACGGGGUUUGGAAAGGAUAUUUCCAGGUGGAGGGACCAAGAGAGUAUCACUUAAAGUGUUUCUGGACCAAUUAAUUGCAGCCCCCACAACAAUAAGUGCUUUCUACAUUGGGCUGAGCACAUUAGAGGGUGCAGAAGAUCCCUUUGAAGACUGGAGGAAUAAAUUCUGGACUUCUUAUAAGACUGGAGUGGUGUACUGGUCAACUAUGCAGGCUGUGAAUUUCUCUCUGGUCCCACCUGUGGCUCGUACGGUCUAUGUUGGAGGAGUCGCUCUUGCAUGGACUGUCUUCCUGUGUCAUUUCAGGCAGCAGAGGAGUAACUCUCUGAGUUAG